GUUUGCAACGCUGUUACUGUUUUUAUUGUAUAUAUAUGAUCCAAACUUUGUUUCGGGUUUGUUGUCAAAAUUCAAUAGUAAAUUAUCAGAAUAAACGCUUCAAGGGAAUUUCUAAUAUUGAUCAGAAAUAUUACCAAAUUUAAUGCCAGCACGUUGAAAGCAUUCACCGACUGAUUGGCGCCACGUGGUGCGCCUUUUGUUUUCAUUUACAGAGCUCAGUGCCAACAUUAGGCCCGAAAACGUGAACUUAAAACGUAAACUUAACGCUCUAACUGUCGCAUUCGAUCUAUAACAGGACAAGUCGAACAACAACUUACGGCGCAAAAGUGUUCAAGGCGACAUCAGCUCGUCUUCAGGGACGUUCAUCAGUACUCCAGCACUCAAACACUAAAGGCAACUUACGUUUUGUGAAUCAUUCGUAUAAUCGGCUGGUCGAGCCUCAAGUUGUCUUUGGCGCCAGAGCGCGGUAUGCGAAACAUUCGCCUUGAUACGCUAAAGAGCUUCAAUUGCGAUUUGCACUAUCAAACGAUUCGGUGAGGCUUAAGUAAACUGUCACACCAUUGAAGAAUAUCAUGUCCCUGCUGGCCUUCGGUGGCGGCGCCGAAGACGGUAGCUCCAGCGACACCGAGCCCGAUGCACUCAUUGAUUUUACGGCAAUGCUAAUGGAGCGCAAACAUGAGUGCAAUGGCGGCUGGUUUAGCUGUGGCAGCAAGCUUCAGUCACAGUCCCACGAGGACCACGGCUACUACCUUGGGCAGUAUGUACUUGGUGUGCUGGACUUUAGCUCGCAAUAUGGUAUAGAUUACAGUAUAUCCUACACGGCUGCUAAUGUGAUUGGCAGGCCAACCAAAUUUCCUGCCUAUGGCGACUACCCAGAGACCUUUACAAUGCGUACCUACGGUGAUUGGUGGCAGCUGGCACCUUCCGCCACCCAAGAGAUUCAGGCACAGAAUUUGCCAUCUCUGCCUACACAUGAUUUUAUUGUUGUUUAUUUCGAAAAGUUUGUGGUGCCAACGGAAGUAGCCAUCUUCGAGACAUUCAAUCCCGGUGGAGUAGUGCGAAUUUGGGCUUACAGCAUCACCAAGCGUUGGACCUGUUUAUGGGAAGCAAAACCCAGUGACCUAAAUCAGGUGCCACACGAUUCUCGACGUUUUGCCCCGCCUCUAAAGAAAACUAAUAUUAUUACAAAAACGUUGCGUAUUGACUUUAAUCACAGUCGUCUAAAUUAUUAUACCGAGAUAGAUGCUAUUAUGCUAUGCGGUAGGACGGUCCCCAUGCGUUGCAUGCAUCAGCUGCUGGCACCCGUAGGAAAGCGCCUGGGUAACACGGGAGAGGAAAGCGGAAAUGGGCCCAUCAUCUGCAAAUUGCGUACGUUGAAGUUCCAGCCCAGCUGCCAGGCGAAUGAUGCUGUCAAACUUCACGAAUUUAUAAACAACGAUCUGAGCAAGUUUUUGAUGGAUAGCCAUGUGGAAUCAGAGCAACAAAAGCAUAACAGCACAACAGAAAUCUGCCUAACGGAUCUGCCGUGUGAAAUCCUGUUGAAAAUACUCAGCUAUCUGGACCUAAAGUCGCUCUUUCGUAUGGGUCAAGUGUCGCACCUGUUCUACGAUAUUUCCACCCAUCCGCUACUCUAUUGUGACCUCAGCCUAAAGUCCUAUUGGCAGUUGGCUAAUUCUGAGCUCUUAUGCACGCUGGCGCGACGGGCGACGAUGUUGCGAAAACUGGAUUUGUCAUGGUGCGGUGGGUUCGGAGAAAUUUCACCCACAGAGUUCAAAAAAUUUCUAACCCAACGUGGAGACAAUAUGACCCAUUUGCGCCUUAAUUCAUGCAAGUUUCUAAAUGCCAGCUGCAUUGAGACAGUUGGUAUAGUCUGUGAUAAUCUGAUAGAAUUGAGCCUACGGAACUGUACGACGAACCCACCUCUACUCAAUUUUUCCUGCUUAGCCAAUCUAAAGAAUCUGGAGCGACUCGAUCUCUUUCAAACUGCCUUUGAGUCGGAACUUCUACUAAGUAUGCUAGAAAGCAAUCGCAAAUUAAAACAUUUGAAUCUUGCCUUCUGUGGUGUUUCGGUAAACAUGGAUAAUGUCGCAACUCAUCUGGCCACUUACAACACCCAACUCGUUUCACUGGACAUGUGGAAAGCACACUUUUUGUCUGCACGGGGACUUCAAUCGCUGUCCCGUUGCCAACAGCUGGAAGAACUGGAUCUGGGUUGGUGCAUGCGCGAAGCCACUUUGGGAGAUAGCCUAUACCAGCUGCUGUUUAACUGCCCCAAACUUAAAAAACUCUUUCUGUCGGCAAUGCGAGGCAUCACUGAACGUGAUCUCAUGCAUAUCGCAACACUGGGGAAAAAUCUUGAGCAGUUGGAUUUGAUGGGCAUACUUAAUAUAACCCACGAGCGCGUUUAUGACAUUCUGGUUCAUUGUUCAAAACUGAAAUUGUUGGAUUUGUGCUUUUGCGACAACUUCAUGGAUCGUGAUUUUGACGUAAUUGCGGAUUGGUCUCGACUCUUCAAUGUGGAUAUUAAGAAUAGCCGCAUCUACAACUCCAGAUAGUUUUAAUUAAGCGGCAUACCGUAUGGAACAGUUAGAUAAUAUUAUCUAUGUUUAUAGCGUUUGUGUUUAUAGUAACAGAUA